AUGGCCUCUGGCUCAGCCAGCAGCUCCCGCCCAGCCCCUGAUGAGAAUGAGUUUCCCUUUGGGUGCUCUCCCACCGUCUGCCAGGACCCAUCAGAGCCCAGGGCCCUCUGCUGCACCGCCUGUCUCUCUGAGAACUUGAGGAACGGCGAGGAUCGGGUCUGUCCCAAGUGCAGAGGAGACGAUUCUCAAUCUGUAAGCCCAGGGAGCCUUAUGUCUCAGGAGAAGGAUCACCCUGAGGUGGCUGCAGAUGGAGUUGGGUGCCCCUUUGCAGAUGUUGGCUGCUCCUUCAAGGGAAGUGCAAAAUUCAUGCAGGAGCAUGAGGUCACCUCUCAGGCCACCCACCUAAACCUGCUAUUGGAGUUCGUGAAACAGUGGAAGGCCCAACUGGGCUCAGGCCUGGGGUCGGGCCCCAUGGCCCUGGAGCGAAAUCUGUCAGACCUGCAGCUGCAGGCCGCCGUGGAGGUGGCUGGGGACCUGGAGGUGGACUGUUACCGGGCACCUUGCUCUGAGAGCCAGGAGGAGUUGGCCCUGCAGCACUUCAUGAAGGAGAAGCUUCUGGCCGACCUGGAGGGGAAGCUGCGCGUGUUUGAGAAUAUUGUCGCCGUCCUCAACAAGGAGGUGGAGGCCUCCCAGCUGGCCCUGGCUGCCUCCAUCCACCAGAGCCAGCUGGACCGCGAGCUCAUUCUGAGCUUGGAACAGAGGGUGGUGGAUUUGCAUCAGACACUGGCCCAGAAAGACGAGGCCCUGGGCAAGCUAGAGCAGAGCCUGCGCCUCAUGGAGGAGGCCUCCUUCGAUGGCACCUUCCUGUGGAAGAUCACCAACGUCACCCGGCGGUGCCACGAGUCGGCCUGCGGCAGGACCGUCAGCCUCUUCUCUCCAGCUUUCUACACGGCCAAGUAUGGCUACAAGUUGUGCCUGAGGCUCUACUUGAAUGGCGACGGAACGGGAAAGAGGACCCACCUGUCGCUCUUCAUCGUGAUCAUGAAAGGGGAGUACGAUGCUCUGCUGCCGUGGCCUUUCCGGAACAAGGUCACCUUCAUGCUCCUGGACCAGAACAACCGUGAGCACGCCAUUGACGCCUUCCGGCCAGACCUGAGCUCAGUGUCCUUCCAGCGGCCCCAGAGUGAAACCAACGUGGCCAGUGGCUGCCCGCUCUUCUUCCCUCUCAGCAGGCUGCAGUCGCCCAAGCACGCCUAUGUGAAGGACGACACCAUGUUCCUCAAGUGCAUCGUGGAGACAAGUGCUUAG